AUGGCAGCCUCCAGUCCCCGAAAACGAGCAGCUGGAGGAACCCGAAAGAAGGUGGCCGCCUUCCUGCGCAGCCUUCGACAAAGUUCGCAGGCAGAGGUCGAGGUGUUGAGCGCAGCAGGGGGAUUGCUCCUUUUGGCGGCCAAGAUGAAACCCAAGGACCAUUCGCAAAGCAUCGUGGCCUUGGGCAAUCGACAGCUCUGGGAGGAGGCCUUGCAGCUCUUGGUAAAGGGUAGCGACCUAGAUGUGAUCUCCUGUAACGCAGGCAUCAGUGCUUGCGUCAAAGUUCAGCAGUGGGAUCAGGCAAUUGCAGUACUCGCCAUGAUGCCGGAAAGGACAGUGGCACCCGAUACGGUCUCUUACAACGCAGCGGUCACAGCGUGUGCUCGAGAGCAGCAGUGGAUGCAGGCCCUGUGGCUCUGGGAGGAAAUGCUUCAAGGUGGAAUGGCAGAUGUGAUCACCUUCAAUGCCGCUUUGAGCGCAUGUGUGAAUCGCUCAGACUUUGCCUUCCAGAUCUUCCAGGAGAUGGAGAUGCGGCAACUGGAUCCGGACCGAGUCAGCUUCAACGCUAUGCUAAGUGCCGCAGGCCAGUGGGAACAGGUCCUGAAGCUCUUGGGAAAGAUGCGGCAUUCCAGGUAUGAACCCGACAACAUCAGCUGCAGCGCAGCUGUGCUGGGCUGUGCGAGAAGUCAAAGCUGGGAAGUGGCGCUCUCCAUUUUCUUUGACCUUGUAAGAGGGGCCGAUAUGGUGGCGUGGAAUUCUGCCUUGAAAGCGGCACCAAACUGGGAGAUGGCAGUGGCUUUGUUGCAGCAAAUGCGAAAGGUCUAUCUGCAGCCUGAUUUGGUGGCAUGUUCGACCGCCAUCUCCAGAUGUGCGGAGGAGACCGACGAGUUCUCAUGGCAGGUGGCUUUGCGACUUCUCCAGCUGUCAGAGGACCGUAACGAGGUCACAUAUGGUGCAGCGGUCACCGUGAUGGCCAAGAGUGCACAAUGGCAACAGGCCAUGGCCCUCUUGGCUGAAGCGCACGACCGUGGAUCCUUGGGAACGGGGACGGUGAAUGCGGCGAUCAACGCGUGUGAGCAAUCCUUACGUUGGCAGCUUGCACUUGUGCUGUUGGAAAGUCUUCUGGAAGGACAGCCCUACCCAGACGAGAUCUCUUAUUGCGCCACCAUUGGUGCGUGUGCUGCUGCGACAGAAUGGGCGAAGGCAUUGGAGCUCUCGAAAGACUUCACCAGCGCAGCCACGCUGAGUGCAGCGAUGGUGGCAUGCGAAGUCCGCGGAGCCUGGGAGCAGGCCCUGGCACUCCUGCAGCAGAUGCAGCACAGCAGUUUAGAAGUCACUGACCUGACCUUUCGAGCAGCAAUGGGCGCAUGCCAUAGCACUGCAGCAAUGCGCUGGGAGCGAUCUGUAGACCUACUGCAAAGAAUGCAGUGCGCAGGACUGCCCCCAGCGACCCUGAGCUAUAACUUUGCAAUCACUGCUUUUGGGCGAGGCAUGGAAUGGGCCCUGGCUCUAACAGCCGGAAGCCGGAUCACGCGAAAACUCACUACGUCCGGAACCUUUGCAACGCUGUCGAGUGCCUGCGAUCGCGGUCUCCAAUGGGCCCGGACAUUGGAAUUGCUCAGAAUCUCCACAGUGGAAGGUCUGCAAUCCAGCAUCAUGAUCUACGGAACUUCGAUCAGUGCACAGGAAAAAGUCAGCCACUGGCGCAUUGGACUUGGUCUCCUUCGAAGCCUGAGACGUCAAGGUCUGGAAGCUGAAGUGGUGACCUGCAACUCAGCCCUGAGUGCCUGUGAGAAGGGCAGUCUUUGGGAAUGGGCCCUUGAGCUUGUCUCCCAGGAGAUGCUCCAGCAAGAUGUUCGCUGUGACGAGAUCAGUUUCAACGCAGCUAUUGGUGCUUGCCGAGAGAACUGGUGCGCUGCCGGACUCUGUUUAGAGGCAAUGCAGUCACAGAGACUGACACCUGAUGUGGUAACUUGUGGACUUCUCAUUCGCUCAGAGGCACAGCAGGUUGCAUGGACCCCGGUACUCAGAGCCCACUUGAGUCAAUCACCAGACGCUCCGGCUCCGCGCCGUCAAGUGGAGGCUCUAGAAUUACUGGAGGCGAUAGAUGGGCUACCUGAUGCAGCAAUCUGCAGCUUCAAAGACGCCACAUAUCAGCCGAGCGUGUAUCCAGCCUUGAAGGAGCUCAUUCUGAAGCCAGCCGAGUCAGGUGCAAGGCGUUGGCAAUCGCCUGCCUUGGAGCAGCAGUUUUCCCUGGGGAAGAAAUUCACUGCGCGUGCCUUGCAGGAUAGCGGUAUCUCAGAUGUCUCCACAGAGUGGAUCAGCACUGCACGCAGAGCUGCUUGGACUGUGUUGGCUUCGACAGAAUCUCCUGCUGUGGCUGCUAUGGAGCCUGUAGCUGCAGCCAUUGCCGCCUGGGUAUCGCAGACCCUUCGACGCAAGCUGCCUAGCAGUUGGACUGGGGGCUUUGGCGCUGCCAAGGCUGGCAGUCCCUUGCCAAUCUUCGUAGAACAUGAUCGCUCGCAACACGCAGAGCGUGGUCUUCUGCAAGCACUGCUGAGAGGGGUGACAUGCGAAAGCUGA